AUGUUACCAUAUCUCAUAUCAGCCAGCAUUAACUUCGCAAUAGUCUAAACCCCAAAAUUAUUAGAGCCAGUAAAGUACGAAGAGUUAAACCAUGGGAUGACAUAAAGGGGAGACAAAGGGAGUAGCUUUGUUAGUAGCAAACACCAUGUUUCCAGUGUACUAUGUAAUGCAUAAUAAAUGACAAUUGCUACUAGGUAGUUGAACUUCAGGUAGACUACAAUCACGCAAUUCCUCAACCUAAACUUGAAAGUAUAGUAAACUACCUACCUCAUAAGGAACUACCUAAGAUAGGUAGGUAGUCUCUACUAUACAAUACAUUUCUCCACUUUUUCAAAUACCUUGUAGAAGCAGCAGCUGUUCAUGUUUAUGUGAAGUUGACAUAUUUAUGUUAAGGCUGCGCCCUCCGAUAUAGCCCGAACCAAGCUAACGCUGGCUUCUAGAGAGGAGGUGGAGAAGCAACCGUCGAAAAAGUAAGGUACCUCUCUCUUACUUAGCCGAAGGAAAGGGAAAAGGACUAUACCAUUCAUUGUAACUGCCUCUCGAUUAUAAAAUUGUCGUAAUUCUCCAACUUAAAUCAUUAGGUCAUUUUAUUAUUAUUUUAUCGAGACAGGGUAUUUGUUUAUUUACCUACCUAGGCACUCAUUUCUACUACAUCUCAAUUAAAUCCGGGUAAGGAUAAGAAGAGGGUAUAUCAACCAAAAACAAACCUCGAAGGAAAAGACGGCCGGCUAGGGUAAAAUGGACUCCAAGCAGUUCCGGGAAGCGGCUAUAUCGUCUAUCGACGAAAUCAUCAAAUACUACGACACCAUCGAAGAGCGUCGUGUCGUCUCAAACGUGGAACCUGGUUAUCUGAGAAAGCUGCUGCCCUCGGAAGCCCCUCAGAAUGGCGAGGCUUGGGCUGAUAUCCAGAAAGACCUGGAGUCCAAGAUCCUCCCAGGCAUAACCCAUUGGCAAUCGCCCAAUUUCCUGGCGUGGUUCCCUUCUUCCAGCAGUUUCCCGGCCAUGCUCGGUGAGAUGUACUCAACUGCUUUCACCGGGGCUGCCUUCAACUGGAUCUGUUCACCCGCCGUUACUGAGCUGGAGACUAUUGUGCUCGACUGGCUAGCUAAGGCUUUUGACCUACCCUCUUGCUAUCUCUCUACGGGACCUACGAACGGUGGCGGCGUCAUCCACGGAACCGCCUCCGAGGCCAUCGCUACUGUUAUAGUCGCCGCUCGUGACAAGUACUUGCGUGAAGCCACAGCACAUAUCACUGACGAGGAAGAACGUGAGGAUGCCAUCGCUAUCCGCCGUAGCAAACUCGUGGCCCUCGGCAGUGCCUCCGCCCACAGCGCUACUAAGAAGGGAGCCCAGAUCGCAGGCGUAAGAUUCCGCGUUAUCCCCGUCUACGACACUGAUGACUAUCGGAUAACGGGCGCCGAGUUGCGCCGCUCCAUUCAAGAACUGCGCGCCAAGGGCCUUGAGCCCUUCUUCCUGACUGCUACCCUUGGAACCACCGACACGUGUGCUAUCGACGAUAUGGAGGGAAUCGCAUCCGUAUUAGCGGAACUGGCACCCGAAGGCCCCGGUGAGAUCUGGGUACAUGUCGAUGCUGCAUAUGCAGGAGCCGCUCUGAUCUGCCCCGAAUACCAGCAUCUUGCGAAGCCGUUCGAACGCUUCCACAGCUUCAACAUGAACUUGCACAAGUGGCUGCUAGUCAACUUUGACUGUAGCGCAGUCUGGGUGCGCAACCGCAAGCAUCUGACCGAUGCUCUGAGCGUUUCGCUGCCGAUCUUAGAGAACCAGCACACUGAUUCCGGACUCGUAACGGAUUACCGCGACUGGCAGAUACCGUUUGGAAGGCGGUUCAGAUCCCUUAAGGUUUGGUUUGUGAUACGCACCUACGGCAUCGAGGGCCUACGCGCACACAUCCGAGAUCGCAUCAAGUAUGGCAAGACGUUCGGCGAGCUUCUCGGGACGCGGCCGGAUCUCUUCGAGAUCAUAGCAGGCCCGCGGUUCGCCCUUACCGUAUUCAAGAUGGCGAAGAGGGACUCGACGCCCGCAGGGCAGAACGAGUUCACCAAGAAGGUGUACAACGCUAUCGUGGAGGAUGGCCGGAUCUUCCUGUCUAGCACCAUGGUUGGUAAUGUGUUCGCCAUCCGGCAUAACCCGGCUGCGGUUACUGUCGAGGAGCGUCACGUCAAGAAACACUUCGAAAUCAUAGUUGAGGUGGCUGAGAAGACGAUUGCUUCGAAGUAGAUGGAUAGAGAAGAACGAGACGAGGAGUGUAUUUAGUUAACUCACUAGAACUGCAUCAUAUAAGUGUGGAAGUGUGGUAUGUGCCUACCUAGAUAAAAGGCGAAAUAAAAUUUGAGUCUGAAAUAUGCAU